AUGGUGCCGAACGAAAGGAUGGCGGUGCUGCAAAUCUGCAAAUAUCCAACGAGCCAAAACAGCAGCUGGAAGGCUCGGUUGGGUUUUCCCGCUGGAAGGGAAGGGUCAAUGCGAGAACGACCAGGUCGACAAGAGCAAUUCAAAACCAAUGGCCUGGUUCGGACUCCAACUACGCUGCUUCUUGUACCUUAUGUUCAAGGCCCUCAACAGCGAGCUGGACGUCGAGGAUACAACGGAACUGCCGAUCGCCUUGUUGCAGUCAUGCCGCUCCUCGAAUCCUUCGAUGACGCUUUGGCCGCCCCCUCCACCUCGUCCCCCUCACCACAGCUCAAGGUAGUCGGCGGGAAGCUCCGAACAUCCCCCGCGGACUGGGCAAACCUGCAGACCAACCUCGUCUCGCACAGUCACGGGCUGGUCAGCUCGAUCUACCGGCGUUCGCUCUCCUCCUCCGCUUCCUGGCCUUACGACCCUUCUUCUUCAGCGAGCGGUUCGACCGGCGGCUUCUCCGAGCUUUCCCACGCAGCAACCUCAGCAGACGGUCUCCCCGGCUGGGUAUGCAUCAAACGUGUUUCACCGGAUACACAGCCUCGUCCGCACUCGAUUUCACGCGAGAUCGCACUGCUCGACUCGCUCUCGCAUCGGAAUGUCGCAUCCCUGUUAGCAGCGAUUCUCGAUGAAUCGGAUCCGUUCGGCGCAAGCGUAGACUUGGUCCUCCCGUUGUAUGCGGUCAAUUUGGAGGAGGUGUUGGAAGAGCCAUCGCUCGUAUCUCUCAGCGAGUCUAGUGCGGGAGAGGUAGGGAGAGCCGGAAAGUCAAUCUCCCAUCUUUGGUCGGACUCGUCGCCAUCCUUUAUCCAGAGCAUCUCGAAACAGCUGCUAGAAGGUGUCGCUUUCUUACACGCCAACUCGAUCGCGCAUAGAGACAUCAAACCCUCCAAUAUCCUCCUCUCCCACAUUGGCGUAGUCAAACUGAUCGACUUUGGAACGGCCUACACCACUUCAUCCUUGAAAGAUCCACUUUCGCCGGGCGUAGAUUUGGAUGCGGGAGAGCGAGAGGGAAGGAUGGUGUGUCAAGUAGGGACGGGUCAAUUUCGGGCACCGGAGUUGCUCUUCUCACCUAUCGGAGGGUACGAUGCUUUCGCUGUGGAUAUCUGGGCUGUUGGAGUCACCUUGGCUCACUUCUUCACCGCUCUAUCGAUUGCUGUUGUAGUCGAGGAGCAAGCGGAUAUGCCGGAUCUCGAUGUGCAGGACGAGAGGAAGGAUUGGGAAAAGGCAUUCAGCUCCAAUGCGCCCUUGUCACCUUCCUCCUCCUCCUCUUCUUCCAACAGCUUGUAUUGGGAGGAAUCGGAACCCGAACCACCUUCCCCGCGCACCGCAUCGGGCUACAUCCGAACACCGCUCUUCACUUCCGAUAAGGGAGACAUCGGUCUCGCCGCCAGUAUCUUCGCCUUGCUCGGUCUGCCAACCGACGUCAGAGACUGGCCAGAAGCAGAACACUUUCAACCACCACUGGCAAGGUUACCCUUCGCUCCCACCCACGGAACAGGCUUGCUCAGUGCUUUGCCCUUGUUCGGUGGGGAACAAGAAUCGAGCGCAUUGGUGCACAAGGUGAUCCUACCAGCCAUCACCUUGUCGGCGAGCAAAAGACCGAAAGCCAGCGAGUUGCUUGCUGCUCUGUAA